AAAGCGGCCACCAUGGAGGUCACCAACAAAAAGCUUUAAUUAUUCUCUUCAUCUCCAAAUAAAUUGGACUCAGAGCAGAUAUCCUCACAUAGUUCGACACGGACAAAGUUUUGGAACAAAACGAUCCUAAGAGGGUCCAAAUUGUGGAAGAGUAUAUCCAUACCUUGUCUGGGGCAGCAAGAAAAUUUGAUACUGAAAAGUAUCAGUAAUGGGCUUUGCAAGCAGUGUAGGCAAGUACAGACUUGGGCGUACGAUUGGAGAAGGGACAUUUGCUAAGGUUAAGAUUGCUGUUAACAGCCUCAAUGGUCAAUAUGUGGCGAUCAAGAUCCUUGAUAAGAAAAUGGUCAUGGAGAGCCAUCUCAAGUAUCAGGUUCAAAGAGAGAUAAGAACAAUGAAGCUUCUGAACCAUCCCAAUAUUGUAAGAAUCCAUGAGGUUCUUGGCACGAAGACGAAGAUAUAUAUUGCGAUGGAGUAUGUAUCAGGAGGACAACUAUCAGACAAGUUGUCUUAUGCCGGAAAGUUGAAUGAAAAUGAAGCAAGAAAACUUUUCCAGCAACUUAUUGAUGCUGUAGAUUACUGCCAUAACAAAGGAGUUUACCAUAGAGAUCUUAAGCCAGCAAACUUGCUUCUCGACAGCAAAGGGAAUCUCAAGCUGUCUGAUUUUGGACUGAGCGCGACGAGAAAGCCUGAUAAUGUUCUAACAACUGCAUGUGGUUCCCCAAGCUAUGUGGCACCUGAGCUUCUGUGGAACAAGGGCUACGACGGAGCAGCUGCUGAUGUUUGGUCAUGUGGGGUUAUACUUUUUGAAUUACUCGCAGGUUAUCUUCCUUUUGAUGACCACAACUUGAUGAACUUGUAUAAGAAGAUAAGUAGAGCAGAGUACACGUGUCCACCAUGGUUUACAGUAAGUCAAAGGAAACUAAUUGCCAAAAUACUUGAACCACGAGUUGCAAAGCGAAUAAAUAUGCCAGAGAUCAUGGAAGAUGGAUGGUUCCAAACAGAUUAUGUGCCGGCUUGUGAAUCGGGGUGUGAUCAGAACAUUCACAUGGAUGAUGUUAAUGCUGCUUUCGAUUCAGUUGAGGAGAAUAUCUUAGAGGCAACAAUCCCCACGUCCUCAAGUUUCAUUAAUGCUUUCCAACUGAUAGCCAUGUCUCAGGACCUUGAUCUAUCAGGCCUUUUCGAAGAACAGGAUCAAAUGCAGAAAACAAGACUAGGAUCCAAACACACAACAUCUGAAACCAUAGAGAAGAUAGAAACUGCUGCAACAGACGUGAAGCUGUCAAUAGAAAAAAUGAACAACUUCACGUUAAAAAUGCACCCUAAAGGAACGAUGACUAGAUGUUCCAGAUCAUAUUAUGACCUAUCAGCUAAGGUGAUUGAAGUUACUCCAGCUCACUGUGUUGUUGAAAUAUCAAAAUCUACAGGAGAUUUAAGAACCUACAAAAAAUUUUGUGAAAGUCUAUCCAGUCUACUGACAGAAAAUUCUGCUGCAUCAUCACAAUCCCACGAGUCUGUGGAACAAUGCAUCAAGGGAAAAGAUAACCAAGAUGCUGGCCGCUCUGAAGAGGCAAACUGUGAAGAUAACAAAGGCAUUCAUGAACAUACAUCUGCUUGAAGAUUGUCAGGCUUCUUUGAUAGAGAUAAACCAGAAUUCCAAAACAAUAAUUCUUACAAGUUCAAAUUCAAACCAAUGAUUCUUUUCUCUUUUUUUUUUUUCCCCGUUCACUGCAAACAUGUUGACUGAUACAAACUUAACUAUCACUUCAACAGUUCAUCGUUUUGUCCAUAGAUUUCAUUUAUCUCACAGCAACUAAUUAGCCACGUGAAAUGUAAUUUGCAGCAAUUCAAGCUCCUCUAUCAGAAUUAUUUGUCCAUUAUGUCUCCAUUCAAA